CAGGCAGUGAGUAUAGGCUGCGCUGUCAGGCCGGUGUCAGUCUGAUGAAGAUUGGCAUGCAGGCAGCAAGGUUAUUGAUUGCUCUCCAUAUGCAUAUGUUCCUGAUCUGGAAGAUAAAUUUGGGAGUGCAAGCUGUUCUGUCACCCAUAGAAUGGUACCUUCAGGAAUGGGAUCUUGAAGCAUCUGCAUUUCAAGCCAAUCUUUUCAACAGGAGUUUCAUACUAUCCAUUACCCCAUGGUGAAGAUUGGCUUGAAUUCUAAUCCUGUCCGCCAUACUCUCUCCAGUCCACACCAAGGCUGUCCAAUGUAUAUACUUGAUGAGCUACUCACCACAUUUGCUUCCAAGCCAUUUUUGAAUGCACUGGACUGUGUCUGGGCCAUUGCUGAGUUCUGAGGCAUUGCCCUUACUACCUCUCACCAGCUGGAGAAGAAUUCAUUUAAAAGUGCUCUGCAGGUGGCUCUGCUCUGGCUGGAGAAAGCGGCUUUUGUGUUACCAGCAGAGAAAGGGCAGAGGGGAGACUUUCAAAAGGCAAGUGGCUCCCGGAGCACACUUCAUAGACUUAAUACCCAGGGGAAUCAGAUGCACUGUACUGAAGAUACUGUAUAGAGAGACCUGCUACAUCAGUCCAAAGACCGAUCUAAGCUAGCAUCCUCUUAAUCAUAAGGGACAACAACCUGCCUCCAGAAAGCUCAUGAAGUCCUAGAUGUGAAUCAAUCCCAUGAUGCAACAUGUCUCCCCAGUACCAGCUCUGACAAUGAUGGCCACACAGACUGUGCCCCCUCCCCCUUACCAAGAAACACAACAGAUGACUGCCACUGCGCAACAGCCAGCUAAAGCCCAGCCAGUUCACAUCACCACGCCUUCGGCAGCAGGCAACACACCUCUCCCCAGCACUCCUAUCGAUCCUCAGGCACAGCUGGAGGCUGACAAGCGGGCUGUCUACAGGCAUCCUCUUUUCCCCCUCCUUACACUGCUGUUUGAGAAGUGUGAGCAGGCGACACAGGGCUCGGAGUGUAUCACUUCUGCCAGCUUUGAUGUCGACAUUGAGAAUUUCGUCCAUCAGCAAGAACAGGAGCACAAACCAUUCUUCAGCGAUGACCCUGAACUGGACAACCUGAUGGUGAAAGCCAUUCAGGUCCUGAGGAUUCAUCUACUGGAGUUGGAGAAGGUGAAUGAAUUGUGCAAGGACUUUUGUAAUCGUUACAUCACCUGCCUCAAAACUAAGAUGCACAGCGACAACCUACUCAGGAAUGACCUUGGGGGGCCUUACUCCCCGAACCAGUCCUCCAUUAACCUACAUGCACAGGAUAUGCUGCAAAAUUCUCCUAACUCAAUGACUGCAGUAUCCAGCAACCCCCAAGGAAUUGUGGUACCUGCCUCAGCAUUGCAGCAGGGGAAUAUCUCCAUGACAACGGUCAACUCGCAAGUAGUGUCAGGUGGAGCCCUUUACCAGCCUGUAACUAUGGUAACGUCUCAGGGCCAGGUGGUAACCCAAGCAAUCCCACAAGGGGCCAUUCAGAUCCAGAACACGCAGGUUAACCUGGAUCUGACCUCUCUUCUUGACAGUGAAGAUAAAAAGUCAAAGAACAAACGGGGAGUCCUGCCGAAACACGCCACAAAUAUCAUGCGCUCCUGGCUUUUUCAGCAUCUUAUGCACCCUUAUCCAACAGAGGACGAGAAGAGGCAGAUAGCAGCACAAACAAACCUCACACUCUUGCAAGUCAACAACUGGUUUAUCAAUGCCCGGAGACGUAUCCUGCAACCUAUGCUUGAUGCAAGCAACCCAGACCCAGCUCCCAAAGCCAAGAAGAUCAAAUCCCAACACCGGCCAACACAGAGGUUCUGGCCUAACUCCAUUGCUGCUGGAGUGCUGCAGCAACAAGGAGGCAACCCUGGUACGAACCCUGAUGGCUCCAUAAAUAUGGACAAUCUCCAAUCCCUCUCUUCCGAUAACGCUACCAUUGCUAUGCAGCAGGCCAUGAUGGCAGCUCAUGAUGACUCACUUGAUGGGACAGAAGAUGAGGAGGAGGAUGAAAUGGAAGAAGAAGAGGAGGAAGAAGAGGAGGAGGAGGAGGAACUGGAGGAGGACGUUGAGGAGCUCCAGACAACAAAUGUCAGUGACCUUGGCUUGGAGCACAGUGACUCACUUGAGUAGAGAACUCUGGUCAAUGGUGGAGCAGUUACCUCCUGAGAAGCUGUUUGACCAGCUUGCCAAAAUCAUUGACCUGACGAAUUGUAGAGCGAGUCUGAACUUUAACAUACAAGCCCCAUAUCCCUUUAAAGAUUUAAUUAAUUCAGCAACAAUAUUCUUAUCAAGUGUCCUGCUUACCUGCUCUCAUUUGCAGGAAUGGACAUGGCAGCACAUUGGGGAGCCCUUGCCAAAUGUGCAAACCAGUUAUUUAAGUGAAGGACACAAGUUUACAAGGCACAUAUUGUGGCCAGUUUUCCUCCCACCAACCCCCUUUGUUUUUGAUAACAACAAAAGUGUUUUUAGAGUAAGCUGUUUUCUGUAUGACUGAAUGUUUUAUGGAUGUUCUAAUGCAAUGCCUUUUUGUGACAUGCAAUUGAGAGGCAAGUCUGUUUUCAAUUCCAAUGCUUUCAUGAGAGAUUUAUAGAUGCAAAAAAGAGAGGGAAAACUGAUGGUUUUUACAACAAAAACUUUAAAAGACUGCAAUUAUUAUAAAUAUGUAGAUGUAGAAAAAACAAGAGUUUGCAAGUUUUGCAGGGAAAAAAUAAUAAUGAACUGUGAGAGAGCUUAAUGCUAGACCCAAGUUGACUCAUGGCUGGUUCUGAAGAAUUGGAUUCCAAGUCUUCAGGAUUUCAUGGGUCCAGAUCACAAGACGUACGAAGAAAGCCCAUACUUCAUGGUUAAUGUGACAAAUACAUUCUGCACUGCAACAUGAACCGUUCUGAGAGGGGGAACUGGAAAGUUUUAACCUUCUGAAUGUAAUGUCAUAAUAGCAACAUGUCUGAUUUGGUUCCCUGCUUCAGGAGUUAGCUUCAGCUAAUCCAGUAAGAAUACCCCUGAAUAAUUAUGUUAAUUGUUUAGAGGAUUAUAAACUAAGAAGGAAUGAUUAUGGCUUUCUGCAUUGGUUGAAUAUGAGCUGGCUCAAGUUUCCAAAUGUUUGCAUGGGCCCAUGCUGGCUUACAGAGUAUUCACAGAUUUGCAAGGAAAGGAAAGAUGGAUUCUGCAGUUCUGUGGAAUUGCUAUCCAGAUGGUGAAAUCAAUGCCCUUUCCACAAUCUCAUUUUCUUGGAACUCCUCACCUGUCACUUUUUCCCUCUGUUGCUCUGCUGCCCUGGAGCCUCUAAAUAAAAAGGCCUCCAAAGAACAAUAUUCAGCUGGAUGUGUUUUAUACAUUCAGGAUAGAGAUCAAAUCUUCAGCAGCUUCUCCUCUCUCCCCACUGAAAACUCUUAUCCCUCUGGUCUAGGUUAUAGGUUACAGUCACCCAAUGGAAGUUGUUUUUAAGUCAGUCCUCAGUAGACAGUGAGCCAACUGCACCCAGCAGCUCACCCCUCAGCUUGUGAGAUAUUUGCCAGUCUGCUGUGGUCAUCUUUCUAAAAACCCAAUUUUAGCUUUGUGCGGGGGAGGAAUCAGCCAAUCCAUGCACUGAACUGCUGUGCACAAACAGCUUACCUUGUGAUGACACUUUAAAGCAGCUUCCAUGUGUCAAGUGUAAUGUAAACACUAGCCUUAAGAAUGCCUUUUUGUGUCUAAAGCUAUCUUCCUCCUUCAGACUCACAAACAUUACUAAUGUCUCUCAAGUAGUGGCAAUUUUUAAUUCAAAGAAAAAAUUGCUGGAAUGGUAGUCAUUGGCCAAAGCCCAACAAGCACACCGGCAGAGUGCAAGCCUCCACCAGCAUACUUAGGCCAUCUUCUGGGGGCUAGCGACUGGACCUCUUUCACCUUUUCUGGAUGCACAACAGCAGCAAUGAGACUUGUACGUGUCACGCCAUCCCCUGGCAAAUGGUGAGCUUUGGACCCAGCCAUGUUCUGGUUAAUUUUGUAACACUAAGGGAAGAAUGAGCAGCCUCUGCUCCCACAUGAGGCUGCUUCUUUUUCCUUGGGUGCCUGCAAGAGAAACAGAUGUCUGGGGGGAUGUAUCUGCACUGACAAGCCCCUCAGCUGCCAUGGCACAUUUGGGGCAAAUGGCAUUAUAUAAGAAGGCACAGGAAUAAUUCUUGUUGCAGUGUCCCAUUGUGGAAGGCAUUCCAGAAGGAGGUAAUUCCUU